UAAUACAACGUCUGCUUUGAAGAGGAAAUUCAUGGCCCGGAAGUCUCUGAGUGUUUGUCUGUUCUGCCACCUCCAGGAAUAAUGUGGUAGGGUCCUGGAGGAACGAACGCUAGAUGUCGCUGUGGCGUUAGAGUAUUGGGUUUCUUUGUCGUCCUACACGCAAUUCCUGUCUAUGGUUAGCUGACGGCUACGCAUGAGACGUAGGGUGCUCGGUAAUUUCCUCAAUGUGUCGCCGGGUGUAUCCGUAAGUUGAUCGGGGACCGACCACUGGGGGCCGCUGCGGCUCCGUCUGUACAGAGCCUUCACUCCACGUCUGGGGCCUAGGCAAUGGCCCCUGAACCCAAGAAAGACCCCGCGAUGGGGUCGCCGGUGUCGCUGGAUGAAUACCGUCAGUAUCACGAAAAUAGCAAGCAGUGGGAAUGCCGGAGAGAGUUCCUGUCCCGGCACAUGCAGGCGUAUCCCGGCCGGAAGAUGGACCAGCUCAUCGCCCUGUCUGUGGUGUGGAGCAAUAUUGUCUUCAUAGGGAACCGGUAUGGCGAGCAGAUAACGCAAAAAGUUCACCAGAUGGCUGAAGGAAUCAACGUUGACUUACCAUCUUAUGAGCUUGUGCCUGGGGCCAAGGCUACAAAGAGACCUGCCACAUCAGAUGACACUGAACAACCCAAAAAGAAGUUUGGCCCCCGGCCACGUUUUGCACCUGUACAUUUUGUAGUGAGCACAGUUGAGGACGACAAGCAGUUUCAAGUAACUGAAAAAACUAGUAAAGACACAAGCUGUCAAGAAAAUUCUAUCCAGCCUCAUUCUUCUAAUGUAUCUUUUACUUCUAGUGACCAAUCUGUAGCAGAGAAAUAUUCUAAAAUUGAGUGGACUUCCAGCCCAUACGUAUAUGACCCACACAUGGUAGAUGAGCAAGGCAGAAGUGAUUGCAGUAACUUCAUGACCAAAGUGGAGCAGGAUUACUCUGCCAAGUUUGAGUCCCAUUAUUCAAAUGUGUCCAGAGAUUUCCGCUCCAAUGUUCUAGACACAUGGACGGACAAAAACAUUCAGGGGAGAAAAGGCAUUGGUUUCGUAAAACCACCGAAAAAACCUUGGAAAUUCGGAAAGGAAGUAGUGUCAAGUUCUCUGGGCGGCACAACAGAGACUUUAAAUAAACCAAGUUUUAUUAAAAAUCUUUCUGCCAUUGUGAAACAGAAUAUGAAAAAUCCUCAAAUGGUCUCUGGUAGCACACGAAUAAACUACACCCACAUGUUAUCCCAGUCUGUUCAGACAUGUAGGACAAAUCCAGAAUAUAUUUAUGUUCCCCUUAAAGAAAUACCUCCAAGCUGUCUCCCUAAACUUAAGAAUAUUCCCUUAGAUGGCUUUGCUUGUGAAGUCCGUUGCCAAGAUGUUUACUUAGGUACUGGCUAUUCGUGGACCAGAAUAGGGGCUCGAGACAAAGCAGCCGAGCUGGCUAUACAACUCUUGUUAAAGUCUAUGGUAACAGUGAUCUCUGUCAAACGAAGGUUUGGUUCUGGUUAUCGCGAGGACCUGGUGGCAUGUUCUAGUGAUUCACCAAAGACGGAAUUCCCACCAGCUCUGAAACAAGAUGAUGGGCGCGUGAAUGACAGUCUCCCAGAAGGCCAACAGAGUUGUGAGACAAUAAAAGGUGUGUCAACUAAACUAUGGUCAGAAUUUAUUGUUGUUGAAAAUGCAUGUGAUGCUAUUGGCAUUUUGAACAAUUCUGCAACUUUUAAUAAGAUGACAGUUAAUUAUAAGUAUGAUUUGCUGCCAAAUCAUAAAUGGAGAUGCAGGGUGUAUGUGCAAGACCAUUGUGUAGCUGAAGCAUUGGGAAAUAAGAAGACCAGCAAACAUGCUGCAGCUGAACAGGCUGUCAAGGUCUUAAAGAGCUUACAGCCUAACCAGCAGAGAUCAGACAGUGCCAAAUCAACAGGCAAUGGUGCCAUAAAUCCACUAGAAAACCUUGUAAUCUGUGGGAAUGAGGGCACUGCUAUCUGCCAACUAAAUGCUACUGCCCAGUUUAACCAGGUAUCUUUAGAAUAUGUGUUCGAGAAAAUGUCUGGAGUUGACUGGAAAUGUCAGGUCUUACUUGAGCAAGAACUUGUGGGAGAAGCCAUUGGCAUUAAGAAAAAUGUAAAGCGUGAGGCCGCAGAGGCAGCUUUGAUGACUUUAAAGAAGACUCAACCAGUGAUCAUCAACAAUGUUAAGAAGGGCCCUGCAGAGGAUGCUAUUUCUCGAAAUCAGAUCCAAGGGUUGUCCAAUAAAGAGGCAUUCAAACAACAAAUCAAAGAGGACAAUAUUGGAAACCAACUUCUGAGAAAGAUGGGAUGGACUGGUGGAGGCCUGGGUAAGGAAGGAGAAGGUAUUGCAGAGCCCAUUUCUGUAAAGGAGCAGUUUAGUCGUGAAGGUCUUGGCUUAACAACGACAGGAAAAAAAAUGAUCACAAAGAGAGAUCUUGAUAAAAUGAUCAGAAACUAUGCGGUGUCUAACAGCCAGGAAGACUUGACCUUUUCUAGAGAGCUGAGCAAUGAAGAGAGAAAAAACAUACAUCAGUUAGCUCAGAGGUAUGGACUUAAGAGCAAGUCUUAUGGACAAGGCAAUCUGAGGUUUUUGGUAGUAAGCAGAAAGAGGAAUAGAGAGGAUCUAAUUCACCAGCUACGUCAAGAAGGCCAAGUUGGCUCAUAUGCUCUUGUUCUGCCUGAUCAGUAACCAGCGGCCAGUGUUUUGUUAAGGUUUGUUUAUUCACGUUACUGUUUUAGGUUGUAGGCUGCUUUUUGUGUAACCGGAAAAUAAAUGGUGGUUUUACCCUGUUAAAUCAAAGAAAAGUGGAUCAUUACUUGAAAUCACAGUUACUAGUACCAAGGCAGGUUAAAAACCUAUUCCUACCAUGAUAUAGACAAGCCACAAUGCUAUAAUAUCUCACAUUUUAGUAAAUUGUUUUAUUAUAUCACUAGCUGAGUAGCCGGCGUUGCCCGGUUUUUCCUUCCUAAUCCUUGUUGGGGAGGAAAAUCAACAAAGGAGGAAGCUUUUGACUUCAUAUCCCUUCCUUAUAUAGUGUUGUCAUAUCCCGUCCCCCUAUCCCAUCCUUAUGUCCCAUCCUCAGGUGGGACUGCUUUGUAAUGAAGAUAUUGUAAGCUGAAAAUUGAAGGGGACGUGGCUUUGUGGGACUUUUCGUGAUUUGCAAGCCAGACCGAUGCACAACAAGGGUAGAUAAUAAACGGGGUGUGGCUUAAACAGUGGGUGUGUCUUUGUGAGCCAGAUUGACACAAUCACCAGGAGAUGCAAAGCGGAGCUUGUAAAGUAAGGUACUGGAAGUCCCAAAUACUUAUAAACUCUUCUUUU